CUUUGGUUUCUCCUGCCGCGCCAGGCCCCGCUCCGCGCCGCACGGCUUUGCCGCCUCUGGCGCGUGCCAGCGGGUGCCCGGACAGCAGCGGGGGAGGAGGGGGAGGAGGGGAACGAGGGGAACGAAGGUGCAGAGGAAACGGCCCGCCGAGGGGGUGCGGCCGCGGCGGCCCGAGCGAGCCCGGGAUGCGCUGGCGAUACUCUCCUGGGCUGCCGAGGCGGCUCCCGGGCUGCCGAGGCGAGGCGGCGCGCGAGGCCCGCGGGUGCCUUUGCCCCGCGUGCCGCGCGCGCCCUAACGCGCGAGGCGGCCGCACCGUUCCCGAGUGGAGCGUCU